AAAACAAUUUAGAUUGGUAAAAAGUUAAUAACUGUACUUAUGCAUCGAAAUUAAAUAGAUGGCGCUUCGAAGCAUUGAAAACGCGUUGUGUACUGCUCGACAGAGAGAAUAUUUUAAAUGAGAAUGACAUUAAAUUCAAGGCUAUCCAUGCCAUGGAGUUCAACAUCAGUCAGAAAGAACAGGAAAUCGCACGCCCACGUAUUGUACACGCCUCACCCGGAACACCGCAAGUCAUGACACCCAUAGCCGCUACAACAACAACAGCACCCACAGACAGAAAACCUAGUUUUGUUGGUACUCCAACUGAAGGCAAUGCAACACUAAUCAACACACCACCGGGUAUUAUUUCGAAUGCGGUAAAACAGGAGAUUGAUGUUAAAAACCCAGUUGAAAUGACCCCGUUAUUUGAGAAAAUAAAGCUUGAAUGUAGAGAAAACAAUGAAAUGUCUCAAGAGCAGAAUGAUUCAAACAUAUCUUUGGCAGCUGGAGGUGUUACCAAAAAGUCACCUUGGCAAGAGCUUGCCAUUGAAAGCAAUUCCUUGGCAAAUGAAUUAAGAAUGCUACCACCGACCCAUGACAAGAAGAUACCGCCUAGCCUGGAUGUGCAACCCGGCCGUUCGAUUCUGUCAAAGAAACGCGACGAUUUAGCUGCCAAAGAGAAUAGCGAAAAGAUUGUACAAUUCAGUGCUCAGGGUCCGACAGUUCACGACAUCAGUGCCAAUGUCAGCAUAGAUCAGGACCCUUCGUCGAAUGAUAAUGUUAAUAAGGAAGUUAAGAAUAAGGUCUACAUAAAGCAGGUGCGCACAAAAUCUAAUAUUAUAGUGCGCCGUGUUAUAGUGUCAUCUAAGCGUGAACCAACAUAAUUUUUUUUUAACGUUUUAGUACAAUUAAACUUCUUUUUUUAAUUUAUUGCACACUUAUAUUUAACGUGUAAUCAACUCCAAAAAAAUGUAUUAUUUGCAUAAGUCAAUUCAUAGGCCUUACCUUCAAUUAAUUAAUGGCGAUUUCGUUUCUACAAAAAAUGUUGCCUUCUCAACGCCCUCUUCUUAGUAGUUGUGCGUAAA